UAUAUUUAUUUGUAUUUUUAGUGUGUGAUAUAUGCAGCAAAACCUUCCAGCAACUCCGACGCCUCAAGGUACACCGGCUGACUCAUGACAAGAAUGUCCAAGUGGCUUUCUUCUGCCCCUAUGUAGCUUGUGAUAAAUACUUCUAUCAUGAAAAUAAUUUAAAUGCACACAUUGCAACAAAACAUGACCAGACAAGGAUUUAUCAGUGUGGUGUAUGCGACAAGAGACUUUCCACCAAGCAAAAGCUGAUGCACCACACAAAAACCCACAGCCCAAGUUACAAGCGAAAUUUUAAAUCAGAGAAGCCUCGGAAACCUCGAAAAGACAAGGGAGUUCUCCGUAGAGAUUUUGCUCGCCUUCUGUCUAACUACUAUAGUGAUGAGGAAUCUACGGAAAUGAUAGACUUAGAAAACAGUCAAGAUAAUACUCAAGUGGAAUCUCAGUGCCAUGACACUCUUGAUGGUAUUUUCAUCCACUUCAUGUCCGGGGGAAGGAGCUCUGGAGGAGACUAUGCCAACAGUGACACGAGGGAUGUUGACAGAGCCAGCCGCAACAGCAGAACCAUCUGCAACUGAUCGCUUUCCACCAUGAGAUGAUGAUACUAACACCGGAGCAACACCAUCCCUGGUACCGUCACACUGUUGGUACACAGCCACAAGUUGUUAAUAAAAACACAAUAUAUUUCACUAUAUGGAGAGUAAAAGAAAGGUAAAGAGAGUGGUGAGAGAGUGCAAAAGGAGAGCAGAUGAUAGAGUGGGAGAGGCACUGUCAAGAAAUUUUAAUGAAAAUAAGAAAAAAUUUUGGAGUGAGUUAAACAAGUUAAGAAAGCCUAGGGAAAAUAUGGAUUUGUCAGUUAAAAACAGAGUAGGGGAGUUAGUAGAUGGGGAGAUGGAGGUAUUGGGUAGAUGGCGAGAAUAUUUUUGAGGAACUUUUAAAUGUUAA